AGUAGCGCGUGGGGACAGAAGGCAGCCCCAGGCCACGUAGCCAGCAAAAUGCUGGGAUGUUUCUGUGCGGACAAAGUACACGGACGCUUCCUGAUCGACUCUGGGGGCUUGAAACCUGCGGGGCCGCGACAAGGAGCGCUCCCUGACGACGUGGGAAGGCGGGGACAGAGCGCACUGGCCGCUUCGGGGGUCGGGGCAGUUCGCGCCCCACGCCCCGGGCGGGCGCCGGGAACCAGGUCUCGGCUCCGGACCCCCCAGAUCCUUGUCUUCGUCGUCCUCGGUGCCCUCCUGCCGGUCCUAGCUGAGUCAGCCACAACCACCAGACUUCAUAAUCAAUCAGCUGCCCCACAGCAGUGGAAGCAAGGCUCCUUAGAAGGAUUGUGUCCACCAGGAUCACAUGCAUCAGAGGACAGCAGAGGAUGUAAGCCGUGCACAUCUGGUGUGGGUUACACCAAUCAUUCCAAUGUCCUUCCUUCAUGCAUAUCCUGCACGGUUUGUGGACAAGAUGAAGAGGAGAAAGGUCCCUGCACCACGACCAGAGACACAGUGUGCCAGUGCAAGCCUGGCACUUUCCGAGGAAAAGAUUCCCCUGAGAUGUGCUGGAAGUGCAGUGCUAGGUGCCCCAAUGGGAUGGUUGAGAAGAGUCCCUGUACACCCUGGAGAGAUCUCAUGUGUGUCCCCAAAGAAUCAGGUAGAAUGGCCACUGGGGAAGCCCGAACCACUGGAGAAUCGGUGACCACCAGCCCGGGGACUCCUGCCUCUCCCUGUCUUUACUCAGGCAGUGAAUACCUCAUUAUGGGGAUUAUGAUUGGAACUCUGAUUGCGUCAUUCCUAUUGGGGCUGAUGGCCAUACUUCUUUGCAGGAGGUACUUCUAUCCAGGGUGUUAUGGAUGUGUCUCCGAGUGGAUGAACAGAGUCUUUUCCUGGUGCUCAUGUCUCCUAAGAGGUUCUGUCUUGUGGGACAAUGCCCACAAGAUCCUGAGCAGCACAAAGUCACCAUCCAUCUCAGUCUCUGAGCAGGAGAUAGAAGGUCAGGAGCCAGCAGAGCUGGAAGAUGUCACCGUAGUGUCCCCAGGGGAGGCCAAUCAUCAGCUGGAACCUGCAGAAGCUGAAGGGUCUGAGACGAGUAGGAGGCUUCUGGAUCCAGCCGAUGGUGCCGACUCCGUUGAGAGCAAGCGUUUGGUUGGGGGUGACGCAGCAGGAAUGGAGGGGCUAGGGUCAGUGUCCUCACUGCUGUCCCCACAGCUGACAAUGCUCCUCCAGGGCAGUCGAUGCUGGACACAGGGGAUCCUAUGCUGAUGUCACUGGACCAUUGGGACCCUAAAUCCCCCUCUCCCACCACUUCUCACCCACUCUACCCAUCCACUCUGUCCCCUGACAAUGUCCCCAACUCCUAUGCCCUUCCCUCUUCCACCAUCCUCC